GAUCAGCACCGGGGACAGCGGCAGCAGCAACAAUCGCACAGGCGGCGCAGCGUCUCCCGCUAUGGCUCAGACUCACCUGCAGGGAGUGGAGAUCUCAGCUUCUCAGUUUCUGGAAAUCUGGCGUCAUUACGAUACAGACGGGAAUGGCUUCAUUGAAGGCAAAGAACUGCAGGACUUUAUACUGGAGCUCCAGCAAGAAAGGAAGAAGGCAGGGCUGGAUUUAUCAGAGCAAAUGAAAGCCUUUGUGGAUCAGUAUGGACACAGUAGCGAUGGGAAGAUUGGAAUAGCAGAGCUGGCUCAGAUCUUACCCACCGAAGAGAACUUCUUGUUGUUCUUUAGGCAGCAGCUGAAGUCAAGCGAGGAGUUCAUGCAGUCAUGGAGAAGAUAUGAUACUGAUCACAGUGGCUUUAUAGAAACGGAUGAACUUAAGAACUUCCUUAAAGACUUGCUAAAGAAAGCCAACAAACCCUGUGAAGAGUCAAAAUUAGAAGAAUACACACAUACCAUGCUCCUGAUGUUUGAUACCAAUAACGACGGAAAACUGGGCCUUACAGAAAUGUCCAUGUUACUUCCGGUGCAAGAGAAUUUCCUUCUAAAAUUCCAGGGUGUCAAAAUGUGUGCAAAAGAAUUCAAUAAAGUGUUUGAGUUAUAUGAUAAGGACGGCAACGGCCAUAUGGAUGAAAAUGAACUGGACGACUUGCUGAAAGAUCUCUGCGAGAAGAAUAAAAAGGACUUGGACAUUAAAAGCCUUUCAACAUACAAGAAGAGUAUCAUGGCCUUGUCAGACGGAGGAAAGCUUUACCGGACGGAACUGGCGCUGGUACUUUGUGCGGAUGAAAACUAACAGCUCGGGACCCUCCCUACACCCAACAAACUGAUAUACUGUGCACUAUGAACAUAAUAGGCUCUAACUUAGUUUCUUUUUUUUUAAAUCUAACUGCACAUUGAGCAAUGAUAGUCAACCAGCUACUCUGCUGCUGCUGAACUAUACCACCCAACAACUAUUACCCAUAACUAACUGGGAGUUAAAGGGACACUAUCAUCAGAAAUACCAUUUAUAUUUGUGCCUGGAUAAAAUGUGUCAUGCUAGUAAAAUAAAUCAGUGUAACCAAAGCAUAGCCUCCUUACUGAUACCAAACAACAGUUCUGUCCUGCUUUAUGGCUCAGAUUCUAGUUACUUUUAAUAUGACCACAUUCUUAGAUCUUAGGGCUCAUUUAAAACAAGAUGCAAAAUUGAACGAAAAUCAAAGCUAUUGACAAAAAGACACUUGCCUGCAUACAAAUAAACACAUGGACACCAGGGAAUCUACUGGCAGCCUGAAAGUGGGAGGUAGUGAUGGGCAAAUAUGACCCAUUUCGCUUCGCCAAAAAUCUAAAAAACACCAAAAAAUUGAAGUCACUAGACAUUUUUUUGUGUGACAAUUUUUAAAUUUUUUUUUUUUUUUAUUUUGCUCAUUCCUAGUGGCAGUAAUUCCAGAAUAACGCUUAUCGGGUUGCAAAUCAGAGUCAAUAAAUGGCUGGUAGUUAGAGUCCUGGAGCGGGUCGGGUAUCCUCGGGUUACUCGCAAAAACCUGCGUUACCCUGCAGGUUGCAGGUAGAAGUUUCGGGAGCGGGUAUAGACGCGGGACGGACGCUCUCUGGGUUUGUGGAUCGUGGGUCGGUCACGAGUCUUCUCAAUAUCGAGUUUUAGUCCUUUUUUUCUGAUCACGCCAACUUCCAAUGAUGUCACUUCCGGUUUACAAUGACAGCACUUCCUGUUUCUUGAUGGUUAGCAGGUCGCAGAUCGGGUGGCAGAUAAGGUACUUGCGGGUCGGGUAGCGGGUCCAAAUGGGUAAGUACGAGGGUUGCGGGUCCGGUUUGCGGGUUUAAUAAAUUGGUUCCGUGCAGGACUCUACCGGAAGUGAUGCCAUUCCAACACGAAUACAGAGAAAAUCAUUUACCAAACGGCGGGCAGAACCUGCUAUCAUGCUGGUUUUUUUUAAAAAAAUGACAUUUUGCACCUGCUUUGUAAAUGAAGCCCCCCCCUCAUCUCAAAUCAUUUUUUACAAUACUGCAGAUCUUGGGGUUCAUGGUCAUUUAUAAACACUGGUCAAAUUUGCACCUGGGCAUUAACCCAUGGCGACCAAUCAGAUGCUUGCUUGCAUCUUUCUACAGUACCUGCAGCUGGCUAAAAAAAAGCUGAUCACUGAUUGGUUGCUGUGGGUUCCUGCUCAGGUGCAAAUUUUGUGUUUAUAACUGAGCCCUUGUAGUAUCAUUGUCACCGAUUGCUGCCCAUGUGAAUGACGCUGCGAUCUUCACCUGAUUACCAUCAGCAAUAUUGGGGGGGGAAUUAAAAACUAUGGUGAAAAAACCAUGGUUUAAGGGUUGAACUACACAAUGUGAUUACCACCAUUCUGACGCAAAGCGAGGAAGUGCAGGCAUCACAUCGAAUGCGCCGAAUCGAAUGUAAGCUGAUUUCAUCCAACACGACGCGACUGUCAGAAUGAAGACGCAACAUGCAGAGUUUGCAUCUGACAGUUGUGUCGUGUUGGAUAAAAUCAGCUUCUAUGUGCGACAUUGCUAUUGCUUAGAUUCGGCGCAUCCUACGUGACGCGUGCGGUUCCUCGGUCACGACAGGAACGGAGGUAAUCGCAUUGUGUAGUCUACCUUUAAUCCUUCGUGUCAGGGAUCACAGAACUUGUGGAACUAAAAGUGCAUAAAAAGGGAUUUUUUUUCUUUUUUAAUAAAGGGAAAUUUAGGGAUAAUAGUAUCCCCUUCCAGUUCAGCAGCAGAUAGAGGGUGAUCAUUUAGUUUUGCUUUCUAUAGAGAAUUAGCCAGGGUGUGCCGCAACUCCUCAUUUUAUUCUGGUUUGUUUCUAUACUGUUUGUAAUGUACAGUUUUUUGUAACUACACUAAACACCAAAAAAAAGAGGGACUUUGUUUAGAGCCAGAAUGUAUAUUUGAACAAAAAAAGUAUGUAAAAAAAAAAGUUUUUGUUUUUUUUUUGCUUUCCUGAAAAAGUCACAGCUAAACCGAUGGGGAAAGAUUGACCCUCGCUUUGCCAGUCUUCUGAUCACUUCUGUUAUUGAAUUCUGAGAAAAUAAAGGAUUGCUGAAUACAUUAUGUACAUUUACUGAAUCAGCAGGUUUCUACAUUCUAAACUGCACGGGAAUAAAAUAUAUUCUUAAUUCUAAAGGCAUAAUAUAUAUGUGUAUAGUCCUACAAAUAGCAAUACAUACCAAUAGGGUUAUUUUAGAAUAUUGCGAGAGACUCUAUUUUGAGAUUUACCUACAGUGCUUUGAAUAUCGUUUUUCAGAGCAAUGGAAUAUGCCAGUCUGCAUGUUCAGCUUCUCACACCCAAAAUGAUAAUGAACUUUUCUGGUGUGAAUUGCAACUCCCAGAAUCUCUUUUAAUAGCCUUAUAAUUUUCAAGGCAUGCUGGGAGUUGAUGUGGAGGAAGAGCUGGAGAUUAUUGGCUGUGCAUGCUUAAAAGAAACCAAUUUGCAACAUAGUAGCAUUUUAAGCAGCUGUUAAAAUUCUUUGAGAUCAGUAAAAUGACGACUACAAAAAAAAAAAAAA